AUGUCUGAAAUACCUCUCACUAUGGAGGAGCUGCAGACUCCUCUUGCUGAGCCUGCUACAACCGGGGAAGUCCCAAAUGAACCUCCGGAAAAUAAAAUCCUUCCAUCCGCUUUCCUGAAUGCAAAUGAAGUUGUUCCAGACACAAUUCUUUACAAAGUUCCAUCUGCGAGACCGAAAAUCUCUGAAAUUCGUAGAACUUCAAUCAUGGAAGGAACGCCUGGCUCCCAACAAACAUUUGAAAUUCAAAAGCCUGAAAAUAAGAAGAGAUUCAAAUUUAAAUCAUUAUCAUUUGGUUUGAUGUUGGGUUUUUAUCUUCCAACAGUCGUAAACUUGAUUUGCAUUACUUAUAGCGUUGAUAUUGCAAAAACAAUCGAAAAUUUCGGUUUAGGAUACGGUUUAAUCAUUUUCUUCACAUACACACUUAUAGCAUACGGAACUCUUACUAGUAUUUCAGCUUUAGCCACAAAUGGUGAGAUGCAAAAAGGCGGCUGUUAUUAUUUGAUUUCUAGAUCAUUCGGAACCAACUACGCCGCAGCAAUUGGCUUUCUAAUCAUCUUAGGCCACGCUUCAUCCAUCAGUUCUAACUUUUUCAACAUAGGACACGUUUGUUCAAAUUUAUAUUCUCCAAAACUUAUGACGAAGUCGAGAUACGGUGAUUCGAUACUUAUACAGUUCAUUGCCUGUUCAGUUGUUCUACUUUUCCAAUUCUUUGGUGUCAAAUUUUUAGUUAUAUUAAUUUGUAUUUUGGCUGCAGGGCUUGCAUUAGGUGUUUGCUUCCUUUAUGCAGGUUUCUUUGUACAAAAACCAUCAGCCGAUGGAUUUUACCAAGGAUUUUCCAAAGCAUUAUUCAAACAAAACUGGAAACCGGCCGGAGCAAAGUUUGAUUUAGAAUUAUUCUAUCUUUUCUCAUCAGUGAAUGGUGUUAUCACUAUUGCUGACUAUUCAGGGUCCUUAAGUCCAGCAAAACAAGCAAUUCCUAUUGGCGGAUAUUCCGCUUUAGUUACAGCAACUGUUUUCUUUUUAUUGAUGUUGUUUUUGAUUUCAGGAAGUGCUAAUUUUGAAAAUCUUCCUGAUUCUGUUGCAUCUUUCAUGACAAUUUCCAGUCAUCCAUUGAUUUCUUACAUCGGAUUCAUUUGCGCGGGAUUUGGAAGUGCAAUAACAAUGACAAUGGGUGGAUCUAGAACUGUUACACAAAUGGUGAAAGAUGGAUUAUUACCUAAAUUCAUCAAUGCUAAAAUGAUCAAUAAUGAAUCAGUUAUUGCUAAUGUAACAAUUGUCCUCAUUGGAUUUUUGUUUUCUUUUGUAAAUACAAGAGAAAUGAUUCAAUCAUUGACAAAUGUUUUCUUCCUUAUUCCUUUAGCUUUGUUGAAUCUCAGUUUGUAUUUAACUGCUUCUCAACAUAACCCUGGAUUUAGACCUGUUUUCAAGGUUUAUAACAAAUGGUUUUCUUUGUUUUUAGUUUUAGUUUGUUUAGUAAGAGCAUGCUUAGUUAAUUGGAUUAUUUUCAUUGUUACUGUUGUUGUCAUGGGAUCUGUUAUAUUAAUAUAUGAUAGAUUUGUUAAGAUACAUGAUUCAUGGGGAAGUGUUUUAAGUAACCAUGUUUUCUAUUCAACAAUGAAAGAAGCCUUGAGAUUAUAUAAUGUUCAACCUCAUGUUAAAACUUACAGAUCAAAUAUGAUUUUUGUGACACAAAAGAAACCAAAUGAUUGCAUGCACGCAAUUGAUUUCAUCAACCAAUUGUUAAAUGGUCAUGGAAUGGCAGCUGUCGGAAGAGUUGUUGUUACUAAUGAACCUCCAAACAUCAAGAAACUCAUUGAAGAAAGAGCAGAAUCUUUCAUAACAGCAGAUGAUUCUUACCAUGUUUUCUAUGAUAUAGCUUGUGCUCCUACUUUCCAUGAAGGAGUAAGAGAUUUCUUGUUGACUGCUGGUAUAGGAACAUUAAGACCAAAUACUUUGUGUCUUGAGUUCCCUGAUGAUUGGAGAAAUGAUGAUUCUUCCGAAUUCUUUACUACUUUGGAAACAGCUUUCGAUGCCAAUUUCAGUGUAACUGUUUUAAGACACUUGAACAGAUUCAAAGAGGUCGACAGGAACGGAACAAUUGAUGUUUGGUGGCUCGCUGAUGAUGGUGGAUUGACAUUGUUGUUGCCUUAUUUGUUGAGCCGCGAAAAACAAUGGAAGAACGCAAAAUUGAGGAUAAUGACUUUGAGCUUUUUGGAUGAAAAUCAAGAUUUCCAAGAGACACAAGAAAGAAUGGAACAUUUGCUUUACAAGUUCAGAAUCAAAGCUGAAGUCAUUUGUAUCGAAGUCUCUGUAAAUAAUGAAGAACCUUCCCUUCUCGCAAAGCAAAAAUGGCAAAGUUUAGUUGGAAAUUCAAUUCCUGAAAACGAACAUCAUAAUAUUUUAACAACAAGGUAUCUUUUGUUGUCUGAUUUGAUCAGGAAUUACUCGGCCAUGUCUUCUUUUAUUUGUUUGACAAUGUUAGUUCCAAGAGAAACAACAAUCCCGAAUAUAUAUAUCAGCUGGCUUGAUAUAUUGUCUUUCCUUGAUGUGCCGUUCUUGUUUGUUAGAGGUAAUGGUGAAAAUACCCUAUCCUGGCACAUCUAA